GUUGGUCGCGUCUCACUCUGUCCCCCAGCAUCCAUAAAAAGAACAAGUUGGUUGGCAGAGCAACGGCGCAGCAGCCGAAUGCUCUUGGUGCAGCUCGACAACAGUGCCCCACCUUUUAGGCUGGGGGUGGUGAUCAGACAAGUGACUGCCACCCGUCGGCAGCAAAUGGAAACGCGGCCGCUGGCCAGGAGGAGGGAGUGGAGGGGGGUGGAGGGUGAGCCAGGUGAGGGGCACUUCCUUGUCUUCAUUUCCUACCUAAUCCACCAACAUUUGCCAGCUCUCAUCCACCCACUUACCUCUCCUUUUAUUGCCCAACACAUCCGACUUUCAACUUGAACAUCUGCAAACCCGCGACUUCUUUCUCGAACACCAACAACUCGUCCUCCUCUCUACAACCAAACCCACCUUUUCCACACACCCAACACCACCAUGGAUCGCAUCAAGGAGAAAAUGACCCAGCUCCGUUUGGAGUCUGAGGAAUCUGCUGCCAAGGUCGAAGAGCUCCAGGCCAAGGUCAAGGCGCUCGAGCAGGAGAACCUCCAGAAGGAGCAGGAGAUCAUCUCCCUUACGCACAAGAACAGCGUUCUAGAGUCCGAGGUAGAGAAAUACGAAACUCAGGUCAAGGACCUCAAGAGCGCUGCCAGCGAAGGCGCGCAGCACGGAACCCAGAACGAAACGCUGACUCGGAGACUCCAACUUCUCGAGGAAGAGGCUGAGCAAGCAGAUAAGACUUUGCGCGAGGCCAACGAGAAGUUGCGACAGACCGACGUCAAGGCCGGACACUUCGAGCGGAAAGUCCAGGCUCUCGAGCAGGAGCGCGAUCAGUGGGAGUCUAAGUACGAGGAGAUGGCCAAGAAGUACGCCACCGUCCAGAAGGAGCUGGAGGACUUCCAAAACGAGAUUGGCAACAUCUAAGCGGCGCUCAUCCAGCUUGCUGUUGUUGGGUACGGGACAGGUCUCGUCGGCGGCAUCUUUUCUUCACAAACAUGCUCGGGCUGUGGUUCUCGGGUGUGAGGUUUUCAAUGCCGUAUGUCGAUUGAUGGAGACAGAAGGAGGAUGUUUGGACUGGUUUUCCCACUGCCUACAGUAUUUAGUUUUUGCGGCUUUUUACAACACAAACACACACAAUUACCCCAA